GGCCCCUUGGGUCCGAAGCUGCCCGCUUUAUCCAAAAACUUCAUCCCACAGCACCGUGCGCGCUCCCGAGCUCCGCAACACACACGCUCAACCCCGUGCUCGGCGGGCACGCUCCGCGCAUACCCGCCAACUCCCGGCGGGUACUCACUGCGCAUGCCCCCCUUCGUAAGCUUCCCUAGCCGCCCUCUACGCUGGGCCUCGGGCUCGUUCUCGGCGGGCACGCAUAGCGCAUGCUCAACAGACGGGACUCCCGGAGAGCUCUACCGCAAGCCCGCAGCACGCCUGCUCUAGUCAUUCGCGGGGUUCCCUCACUAUGGUGACGGGGCUCGGGUGCAUGGUCGCUCCGCCGCGGCCCAGAGGUCGCCUCGCCGGCGCGCGCCGCAUGCCUAAGACAGUCCAAAGUUAGAGCUCGGGUGGGGCGGUCACCAUGCCUCGUCCUUGUCCUCAUCCCGGCUCCGGAACGCCCCCCUGCCCCACCAAUCCUCCCCCCGACCCCACCACAUUCCGGCAAGUCCCGGCAGCUCGCCGUCAUCAGAAGACUCGAAAGCAUCCGCGACGGCGUGCGCCCCUUGAUGACGCCACGCGUCUCGGUGACGCGCGACGUAAGCGACCUUCUUCGGGAGCGAGGCCGGCGCGCCCGUUUUGAAGCUGCUGUGGACAGUUGUUGGCCCCGCGGCGGUCCCGCCCUCCCAUCUCGGUCCUGACCCCAGGCCCGCUACUCCCUCCAGCGGAGCGCCGUCUGCCCCUGGCACUCUGGUCCCGGAUCUCUGGCCCGCGCCGCAGUCGGGCCAGCACCUCCGAGAACCUCGUAGGCCGCUCUCGGGUACCUGGCGUCGGGCAGGGGCCUCGGGAAGGAGGGGCCGAGCCUCGGAGAUGCCGCCCGGCAAAGUCCUGCAGCCCGUCCUGAAGAUGAAGGUGGAUGAGCUGUUCCUCUGCUGGCUCAGCGAGUCCAGCACGCAGACGAUGCUCCAGGACUGCUUGCAAAGGAUCAAGAUGCCCGGGAGGACCGAGAUGGGCGAUGGAGACUCGGGACAGCCCGGGCCCGCAGUGGCGGCUGCAGGCCCCGCCUGCAGGCAGAGCGUGUUGGACAGCCCGGGCGCGUCCACCGCGCUCCCGCUGGGAACCGGUUCAAGUCCCAGACUCGGGUCCCACGUCCGGGGAACUCGUAGAUCCGCGGGGACGAGGGUAGUUCCGACGCGGAAGGAGGAGCCCCUGCCGCCAGCCCCAAGCCAAAGCAUUCCAGCGUUCUACUUCCCGCGAGGCCGCCCAAAGGGCACAGUGGACACAGACGCCAUCAUCGCCAAGGUCGAGAGCACGUUUGCCCAGUUCCCGCAGGAGAAGGCCACGAUGGCGGACAUGGGCAGCGUGGCAAAGGCUUGUGGCUGCCCGCUGUACUGGAAGGCGCCGCUUUUCUGUGGCGCAGGGGGAGAGCGCACGGGCUCUGUCUCCGUCCACAAGUUCGUUGCCAUGUGGAGAAAGAUCCUGCACACCUGCCAUGACGCCGCUGCCAGGUUCCUCCACCUGCUUGGGAGCCCCGGCUGCAACUACCUGGUGCAGGAGGACUUCAUCCCCUUUCUGCAGGACGUGGUGAACACUCAUCCCGGCUUGGCCUUUUUGAGGGAGGCUGCGGAGUUCCACUCUCGCUACAUCACCACUGUCAUACAGAGGAUCUUCUACACGGUCAACAGGUCCUGGACCGGGAGAAUCACGUGCGCGGAGCUCCGAAGGAGCACCUUCCUGCAGAAUGUGGCCCUCCUGGAGGAGGAAGCGGACAUCAACCAGCUGACAGAGUACUUCUCCUACGAGCACUUCUACGUCAUUUACUGCAAGUUCUGGGAGCUGGACACAGACCACGAUCUCCUCAUUGAUGCCCAGGACCUGGCUCGCCACAACGACCACGCUAUAUCCACCAAGAUGAUCGAGAGGAUAUUCUCAGGAGCCGUGACGCGAGGCAGAAGCGUACAGAAGGAAGGGAAGAUGAGCUACGCUGACUUUGUGUGGUUUCUGAUCUCCGAAGAAGACAAAAACACCCCAACCAGCAUCGAGUACUGGUUCCGCUGCAUGGACCUGGACGGCGACGGGGCCCUGUCCAUGUUCGAGCUGCAGUACUUCUAUGAGGAGCAGUGCCGCAGGCUGGACAGCAUGGCCAUCGAGGCCCUGCCCUUCGAGGACUGCCUCUGCCAGAUGCUGGACCUGGUGAAGCCCCAGCGGGAAGGGCGGAUCUCGCUGGGUGACCUCAAGAAGUGUAAGCUGGCCUACGUCUUCUUCGAUACGUUCUUCAACGUCGAGAAGUACCUGGACCACGAGCAGAGAGAGCAGGUCUCCCUGCUCAGGGAGAGCGAGAGUGAAGGCCCCGAGCUCUCAGACUGGGAGAAGUACGCCGCCGAGGAGUACGACAUCCUUGUGGCCGAGGAGGCUGCAGGGGAGUCGUGGGGGGACGGGUACGAAGCCGAGCUCAGCCCCGUGGACCAGAAGCUGAGCAUGCUGCGGUCUCCACUGGCCCAGAGGCCCUUCUUUGAGGUGCCGUCCACUCUGGGCACCAUCGACCUGUGUGAGUGUGGGGAUGAUGACCUGCCGCCCUCGUGACCUGCGCCCACAUGGGACUCCCUGUGCAGCUUUUGUGUCAGAGAACGAAACCGUUUGUUGAGCUUUUACAGAAAACGAGGUGCGUGUGUAUGGAAUGACAGAUGUAUUUAUUCAGCACAAAGCUGGUCACAGGUCACUGGAGCGUCAGCCACCUUGGAAGGGCUGACAUGCUGGCCCUGGGGAAAACCCUCCCCAAACCAGGUGCCCGUGGCCCGCACACUCAUUUUUGGCUAAGCCAUCGGAGACUCACCGUCCUGGCCAACGACCUGGAGGGGAACUGGUCUCCCCGGGAGGGUCUGCCCUGGGGGCCAUGUGGCACAUGCUGACCCCAGACCUCCAGACGUGUGCUGCAUUCGCCAUCUAGUCUGGAAUGUUCCAGGAGCCGCAGCAGCAGGAGCCUUCUGUCUGCAUGUGAAUUUUGGGCACUGUGCCCUUCACACGGGGUGCAGGGGUCCCCUCAAAAUUAUUGGAACGUUUUUAUGUCAAUGCACAGAACGUGUAAAGUUAGCUUUUAUUUGUCAUGUAGAGCAGUUUUAAAACGUCUUACAGAUUCACGUUUGCAUUUUCAAUAAAGAACUUCAGGGUU